ACCUGCGCCGCUGGCUCCUCUAGCCCGCUUAGCCCACCCCAGGCAGCGGGCGGGGGAGGGGCUCCCCCUGCAGGGGCUGUGUCGAGCUGGGCGACUACAGGAACCAUAGGAGAGUAGGGACAGAGGAGGAGACAAGGAAGUAAAUCAAUGAUCAGAUUCAGUUAUUUUUGAUUAACUGACAAGAAUGACUCUGACUUUCUGGAAAUUACAAAUGGCUUCGAACUCGACAUUCCUGCCUCAGCAACAGAGGAUAAAAAUCGUGAUGUGAUGGAUAUAGCACACAAGUGAGAAAUAUAAAUAUGGACUACAGGCUUCUAAAGAAUAAUUGAGCUUGCUGAGGAUCUGUGCCAGAUAUUGGAAAUGUCUAAGAUGUCAAGAGGAACUUGUAACAUCUGAACAUAACAAACCAAACAAGCAAACUCUUGCACCAUCACUACCACCACAUUUUACACAAAGGAAUGACACUGUAAAUGGAUUUCAAGCAAGCUAAAAAGAAAAAGAAACUGAUUAGACCUCAGAUUGUCCACUAAACGGGAUGACGGCCACCGCUGCAGUGGAAACACCAAAAAUGAAGAAGAGUGCCUCCAAGGAAGAGAAGCAACAGCCUAAGCAAGAUAGCACAGAGCAGGGUAAUGCUGAUUAUGAAGAGUGGUUGAGCCCUGAGACUGAUACUGAGCAUCUGAACCUUAAAAGUAGAAACAAUGAUAACAGCUGCCAACUUGGAGAUGUUCAACUGAAGAAAAAGGAGAUUCCCUCUAAGCCACAUCGUCAGCUCUGCAGAUCACCCUGCCUAGAUCACCCAAGCUUCUCCCAGAGCAGCAUUCUACAGGAUGGGAAGAUUGACUUGGAAAAAGAAUACCAAGCCAAGAUGGAUUUUGCUUUAAAGUUGGGUUAUGCAGAAGAACAGAUUCAAUCAGUGCUGAAUAAGUUGGGUCCAGAAUCACUUAUUAAUGAUGUAUUGGCAGAGCUUGUCAGACUUGGGAACAAAGGUGAUUUGGAAGGGCAGGUCAACUUGAGUGUGUUAAUGCCUCGAGGGCCCAGCUCCAGAGAGAUUGCAAGUCCUGAAUUGUCUCUUGAAGAUGAAAUAGACAACAGUGACAAUUUAAGGCCAGUUGUCAUAGAUGGAAGUAAUGUGGCAAUGAGUCAUGGAAAUAAAGAAGAGUUCUCUUGCAGAGGAAUACAACUUGCUGUGGAUUGGUUUCUAGAUAAAGGCCAUAAAGACAUUACUGUAUUUGUGCCUGCAUGGAGAAAGGAGCAAUCCCGCCCUGAUGCACCAAUUACAGAUCAAGAUAUCCUACGUAAACUGGAAAAGGAAAAGAUUCUUGUCUUCACACCAUCCCGAAGGGUCCAGGGCAGGAGAGUUGUUUGCUAUGAUGAUCGGUUCAUAGUCAAGCUGGCUUUUGAUUCUGAUGGCAUCAUUGUAUCCAAUGAUAACUAUCGAGACCUUCAAGUAGAAAAGCCAGAAUGGAAGAAGUUUAUAGAGGAGCGGUUGCUGAUGUAUUCUUUUGUGAAUGACAAAUUUAUGCCUCCAGAUGAUCCUUUAGGACGCCAUGGCCCAAGCCUUGAAAAUUUCUUAAGAAAGAGACCCGUUGUUCCUGAGCACAAGAAGCAGCCAUGCCCUUAUGGCAAAAAAUGCACCUAUGGUCACAAGUGCAAAUACUACCAUCCAGAGCGGGCCAACCAACCCCAGCGUUCAGUGGCUGAUGAGCUCCGUAUCAGUGCCAAACUGUCCACAGUGAAAACCAUGAGCGAAGGCACUCUGGCCAAGUGUGGCACAGGGCUGUCCAGUGCCAAAGGUGAGAUAACCUCAGAAGUCAAACGUGUGGCCCCCAAGCGCCAAUCGGAUCCCAGCAUCCGGUCCGUUGCUGUGGAGCCUGAGGAAUGGCUGUCCAUUGCUCGUAAGCCUGAGGCCAGUUCUGUCCCCUCACUUGUGACGGCUCUAAGUGUCCCCACAAUCCCACCCCCCAAAAGCCAUGCAGUGGGUGCACUCAACACUCGUUCAGCUAGUAGCCCGGUGCCAGGAUCCUCUCAUUUCUCCCACCAGAAGUCCUCAUUGGAGCACAUGACUAGCAUGCAGUAUCCCCCCAUCCUGGUUACCAAUAGCCAUGGGACCCCUAUUAGCUAUGCUGAGCAAUACCCAAAGUUUGAGUCCUUGGGGGACCAUGGCUACUAUUCAGUGUUAGGUGACUUCUCCAAACUAAGCAUCAAUAGCAUGCAUAAUCGAGAUUACUACAUGGCUGAAGCAGACCGAGGGUUGUAUGCCCGGAAUCCCAGCCUCUGUCCUGAUAAUCGUAUGAGCCAUACCAGGAACGACAACUAUUCUUCUUACAACAACCUGUAUUUGGCUGUAGCUGAUACUCACUCUGAAGGCAAUUUGAAGCUGCAUCGCUCAGCCUCUCAGAACCAUCUUCAGCCUUUUCCUCACGGUUACCAUGAAGCCUUAACGCGAGUGCAGAGCUAUGGCCCAGAGGAUUCUAAGCAAGCCCCCCACAAGCAGUCAGUCCCCCACUUAGUUCUGCAUGCUCAGCACCCAGCAACUGGAGCACGCUCCAGCUGUCCUGGAGACUAUCCCAUGCUUCCCAAUGUCCAUCCUGGAGCAACCCCCCAGCCAGGACGUGCCCUAGUGAUGACUCGGAUGGACAGCAUUUCUGAUUCCCGCCUAUAUGAGAGCAAUCCCAUGAGGCAAAGACGCCCUCCCCUCUGCCGGGAACAACAUGCCAGCUGGGACCCACUGCCCUGUGCAACCGACUCCUAUGGAUAUCACUCCUAUCCCUUGAGUAACAGCCUCAUGCAACCAUGCUAUGAGCCAGUCAUGGUACGGAGCGUGCCUGAAAAGAUGGAGCAGCUUUGGAGGAAUCCUUGGGUUGGAAUGUGCAAUGAUUCCAGGGAGCAUGUGAUCCCAGAGCACCAGUAUCAGACCUACAAGAACCUCUGCAAUAUUUUCCCUUCAAACAUCGUCCUUGCAGUGAUGGAGAAGAAUCCCCACACAGCAGAUGCCCAGCAACUGGCAGCCUUGAUUGUUUCUAAGCUUAGGGCUGCACGUUGACAUGACAUGGGAUUUAUUUCUUUAUAUAAAUAUACAUAUGAAUAACAAUAAUGCACUAAUACUAUGAUAAUAGUAACUAAUAAUUUUGUGCUGCGCUUUACAAGUUACAGAGUGUUUAUGUCAUUGAAGUGCGUAACAACUCUGUGAGGUAAGUCUUACUAAUGUCUUAUUUUCUAGACAAGGAAACUGAAGCUCAGAGAGAUUAAGUGACUUGCCAAAGGCAUACUGCUAGCAAGUGACCACGUCAAGACUCACACCCAAGUCUCUGACUCCAAGUCCUAUGUCCUUUUGUACUGCACCAUGCAGGUAAUGGAGGACAAUACCCAGGGGGAAGGCCUAAAUACAGGAAACCCCAAGGGAUUCCAUUACCAACUUAGUCACACAUUCUAUAUUACAAAGUAUUGAGGAUAUAUCUAAUUUAGAGAGAAACAACAUUAGAAUCAAUCCAUAUGUUGAAUUAACCUUUUAGGAUUUUUUUAUAGGAAUAUUUGAAGCUAUUCAUAAGUUAAAUGCAUACUUUAUUGCAUGGAUAUCCCAUUAUUUAAUAUCUUUAUUAACUGAGCUAUAGGGUCACAUUGAAGCUUCUUCAGCUAUAUUUCAAACUUAUUGUUAGUAGUUAUAUUGCAUGUAUGACUGUAUGUAUUUAGUUUGAGUUGUGUGUGUAUGUGUGUGUCUCUAUACAACUUUUAUAUAGUGAUGAUAAGAAGAUAGGCUCUGCACAGUCCUUAGUCUAUAGCUGCAUAAAUCACAAAUCUGACUUGAUGAUUUUUAUGUCACAUUUCACAACCAGUUUUAAAAGUGAAACUACAUCCUAAUAUUUGAGCACUGCUUUCUUAAACACCAGAGCAAACUAGCUCUAUUUCUUUUGCACUUUUUACUUGUCAACUUUUAUUGACAGUUCUCAGCAUUUAAGUAUCUUCACCUCAGUAAAUUAAGGAUCAGUUUCCAGGCUUCUGCAGAGAUGCUGAUGGAUAAGCUCAAGUUCCAAUCUUAAUAGGUGUGUGCUAGAGAAGCACAGAAGAGUUUGACUAGGACCAAGGGAUUUACUACCAGAAACUGCUUCCCUUAAUGCUGGGAGAAAUGGCCAAACUCAUUUGGCAUUAGAUGAGGAACACAAAAGCUGCACUCAAGAAGGGACUAAUGGAUGCUCUUUGGAAUUCUGACCUAUGCAGUGUUGAACAUCACAGGAUGAAAUGUAAUGGAGGACAAUGCACAGCCAUGUAAUCCAUUUUCUCCUGCCAUCCACCCUUUGGGCAAUAAGGUUGAUCAUUGGUGGAGCAGAACUUUUUUAGGAACAAAAUAAGGGGAUAUCUAGGUAGAAAAAGGCAGCUUCCAGAAGGAGAUGCUACAUCUUUGCUAAUAGCUGGCUCAGUUACACACUUCAAAUGCACUCAAAGAGGGUGCACUUGAUGUUAGAUUAUUCUUAAACGCAUUACUAAAGAAGGCAGGACUUUGGGUUGACGGCACCAUUUGUGCUAUUUGUAUUUUGCUCAGGGUGGGAACCUUUGUAGCAAAUGCCUCUAGAAAAGGCAUUUAUUGUUUUUGUUUUAUUAACAGCCUCACUAAAUGAACCCCUUUUUGAAUCCAUGGUAUAUUUCAUCAUUUUGAACCAUGAUCAGCUCACUAUUUCUUGAGCUGAAACUUGCUAAUUUCUAUGGUCGUUUUUUUAUGAAAGUUGAGAAGGCCUGGUCUUGGCCUUUGUUUCUUCAUGAGAAGGUGUGACACUGCCUAUAAAUGUUUCUUACUGUGAAACACUCCAAAUGUGAGACUGUAGUCAGGGUUGUUUCUGGUGGUUUGAUAAUGGCUUACAUGCUGCUUUCUGGCUUUGUGUCUGUCUCUGUCCUAAUUGAUCAAAACUGCAUCUCAGUGUUUCUCUUCAGUUGACCACAGUUCACAUUCAUCUCCUACUCUCUGAUCUCUCCAUCCCCCAGCAUACUGAGGUGUAAAGGUACAUUUUGUCAGGUAGCUCCAUAAGGAGUGAAGUGCUUGCUAUUUCAUACAAACACCAUUUUAUACCUUCAACUCUUUGGACCUUCUAAAUCUGUUGCACGUCUAAAUCAGGGUAUUUGAUAAUCUUAGAUGAUUCUACUGCCUUUGUGCUAGUUAGUUCAUCUUCCUACCAAAAUCGUGAAUGGCACCGCAGUAUCCACUAGCUACACAAUUAACAGUUAAGCGCAACAUUAAUCUUGUCAGAGGUACUUCAUCUUUUAGUACUCAAAAAAAUUGUAAGUCCCUCCCGAUACAGAAGAUACUUUUAAGGCAGCAUGUGUAUUUCUUAUUUCUUAAAAACAAUUGUCAUUCUUCUCAUAAAAUGUGUAUGAAUCAAAGCGGCUAGGAGCAAUGCCUCAAAUAACCAGAAAUGACCUUCUGUUGAUACAAAUUGUAUCUCUUUUUUUUCUUGAUUAUAUAGAAACAAAUGUACAAAACUCAUCUUAAACUAGGUUUGGUACUGACUUUUCACUACGAUGUUUGUGGCACUGUGUGUCACAAGGGAGUAACCCAGGGUUCAUGAGGGAGCUUUUAUUUCCAAAGGGCAGUGGUUUAUAGACAAAGACAAUUUUUCAAGGCUUCUUUAUUACUAUGUGCAACAGUUAUUGUGUGUAAGGUUUCAAGCAUUAUAUUGCAUACAUUUCUCUUCAGCCUAUUAAAUUUAACAUGUCCUUGCAAAAGAGAUUUUGUGUAAAAAAAUUGUGUUAGUGGUUCAUCUGCAAGAAUCUAUAAAUGGAGUUGUACAGUUAUGAAUGCAUUCUGUUUACAUUGAGGUCUGCGUAAUUCUUGACUUUUUCAUUUUGUCUGUAAAUAUAGAACAGCAAAUACAAAGAAACGCUGGAAUCCCUUUGGUUCCCUUGAUAAUAAAAUCAAGCUUCCUUCCUGGGGCUAAGUGUGUGUCCUUCAGGAUACUUACCUCCAAGCACUAAACAGGGGUUACUGCACAGUGUCUUGUGUGAUUUUCAAGAAGUGUAUUUUGCAAGAGGUGCUUUAAUUCUUUCAUUGAGUUUCUGAACUCAUAGCAAGUCUGUGUCUAUUAAGGCCUUAGAUUUUGUAGAUUUUUGUGAAUUUUUUUUUCUGAUUUUGUUAUUGUUGUUAUUUUCAUUUCUACCUGAAGUGGGACUGUGGAGUGGCACGGUCAAUCCAGGUCACAAUUUCCGUAAGACAGCUCAAAGGAAAAGGAACCUUUUCAAAGGUAACAUACAGUUACUGCACUCUCUCAAGGUGCAAGAUACAGAAGGAAGGAUGACCGAUGCCUAUGGAAAUGGUAUAGAAAAGUUUUUUUCUUCUAAGUAAUGGUAUAUAUAUGUGUGUGUGUGUGAAUUCUCUCUCUCUCUCUGUGCAAGUUUCCAGGAGAAUACUUCUAAACCCAUUUUUUCUAUUUUAGAAUAAAUGAUCUUUAUACAGUAAUUUACAUACUGAUAUCCAUUAACCUUUGGUACUGGGUUUUCUUCUAAUAUAGAAGAGUUCAUUUUGAAAGGCACUUAGUUACCAUUAAGUAUGGGACUUUGUACAAACACCCUUUUUGAGGGCCAACAAUUUCAAUACACUUUGUUUAAUUCUGUGAAACAGAUAUGGAACUGCACAGGGAAAAUAAUGUCAACCUGUCCAAAGAGCCCAGCUCAGGUCUCCUUCCAACCCUUCUCUGCCUUCCCCUGGUUUGCUUCUCCUCAGAUCUGACAUUGAGGAGUGCAUAAUCUUCAAGUGAAAUAACACUACACAUACUUUUCAUUGGAAAUCAAACCAGUAUAUUUUGGGAACCUGCUUGUCUCAGUAGUUGAUGCCAAAAGACUUAGCAUAGUCCGUUAUCUAUCAUAGUGUAGCUAGCUAUAUGCAUAGGUAGAUUGACUACUUUUAGCCCUGUUUUGUAUAUCAUUGAGCUAUAGUAGUUUUCUUUAUCCAUUUGUGGGAUUAAAUAAUACUGCUUAAUGGUUGUAAACUUUCAUAAUAUCUCUUUGGGUUUUUUGUUUGACCCAAACAUAAUGUAAGUCUCAAUGACAAAAUACACAAAGCCAAUCAAAGGUGAGUGAAAAUAUAUCCUGUCCCCAGUUUUGUCUGUCCCUAAAAUGCAUGUGCAAUGCUUUGCAAUAUGUUCUCACUAUCAUGAAUGUGCUAUGAUUACUUCAUGAGGUUUUACUUUGUUUCACCUAUAAUCAUGAUGGGAAAUGCUGUUAUCUUUGACAACAAUGAAUUGUAACCACACUUAAUUACUGCAUAAACUUUUUGUUUACUAA